CGCACUCGCACUGUCAUAAUCUUCUUCUCUCUGUAAUUCUCAACUCAUCGAAGUCAGUCAAUUCUCUUCAACUUUUCUUUGACAAAAUUAAAAUUAAAUUUAAAAAGAAAAAACAAUUAAAGAAAAGAUUUGAUUUGAUUGCCUUCCAUUUACGCUGAUGUAAAAAUCGAGAAAUUACUGAUCGAUUGAUUGUUUGGUAGUAUAUGGUAGUACUAGAAAGAAGCAUAUGAAUUAAUAAACCUAGCUAGCUAGCUAGCAGCAGCAGCAGCUAGGUAGGUUAGGGAGGUAGACUCCUUUUGUGAACUCGAUCGAUCGGGUGGCAUCAAUCAAUCAUCAUGUCAGGAGGAGGGUUGUAUAAUCCGAACUUCUCUUCCCCUGUGAGAGCUGCUUCUCCUCAGAUUAGACCUAAUUCAGACAUCAUCGACAGUCAGUAUCUGUCCGAGUUACUGGCAGAGUAUCAGAAACUUGGACCAUUCAUCAAAAUCCUUCCCAACUCCAGUCGUCUCUUGAAUCAAGAAAUAUUAAGAGUUUCUGGAAUGUUAUCCAAUCAAGGUUUUGCUGACUUUGACAGACUGCGCCAUAGAAGCCCUAGUCCUUUGUCUUCCUCAAACCUCACUGGAUGGAAUAAUCUUCAACACGAGAGAUUAUGUGGAACUCCUGGAAUGACAAUGGAUUGGCAAGGCGCGCCUGCAAGUCCUAGCUCAUACACUGUUAAAAGGAUUUUGCGCUUGGAAAUUCCAGUGGAUACGUACCCUAAUUUCAAUUUUGUUGGAAGACUUCUGGGACCUAGAGGUAAUUCUCUGAAACGGGUAGAAGCUACUACAGGUUGCAGGGUGUUCAUUAGAGGAAAGGGGUCAAUAAAGGAUCCAGACAAGGAAGAGAAAUUGAGAGGAAGGCCAGGGUAUGAGCAUCUCAAUGAGCCACUCCACAUAUUGAUUGAAGCCGAUUUACCUGCUAAUGUUGUUGACAUGAGGCUCAGGCAGGCUCAGGAAAUUAUAGAAGAAUUACUGAAACCGGUGGAUGAGUCAGAAGAUUUCAUCAAAAGGCAGCAGUUGCGGGAAUUGGCAUUGUUGAAUUCAAAUUUGAGAGAAGAGAGUCCUGGACCAAGCGGUAGUGUAUCUCCAUUUAAUUCUAGUGGAAUGAAGCGAGCAAAAACUGGUAGAUGAAAGGUGUCCUUGUUAUCUUAGAUUGGUAUUUGUCCAGCAACCCAUUGCUGGGAAUAUCUUGCAGUACAUCUGCAUCAAUGCAGCUAUGAAAGAAUAGGCUGACAAUUAUUGCUGGCUAGCAUUCUGGUGAUUUUUCAUCCUCUUUUAUCCUACAUUCUGGCUAACAAUGGUGGAUAGAUUUUUCAAAAGAAAAUGAUAAAAUAAUUAUGUUGGGUAUUAAGAAUAGGCUUGUUCAGGUCAGUCCUUUUCAUUUUAACUUAAUACAGCUAUUGGAUUUAUUCUUGUGUCAAUAACUUGCCUAGAAGUGUGGAAUAUAUACAAAUGAUGGGUUAAGUUUUAGGUCUAAAUCGACCAAGUUUUGUGGGCAUGUGACUUGCCAAGUCUCACUGGAUUCUUUUUAGUUGUCUGUCAUUAGCAUUUGUAAUUCUUUCCAAAAGGUAUAAUGCAUUGAAGUUGGAACUAUGAAGGAAUGUCAUAAAAAAGUCCUCUCAUGUGGGCAUUUGUUUUAAACAGAAUAGAUAAUACAUGUUAUUUGAGCGAAUUGUUUUAGAUUUA